CACACUGAACAACAUUAUCAUAACUAAUAUCAUCCUAUUACCAUAAACCACAAGCAGCCGCCGCCUGAAACGAACCAACGGCCAAUUUAAUAUAUAGGCUAGCAUGUAAACAUCAUGGCGGAGUACGGCAGUACUAGGAGAAGAGUGGUACACACCACGACGGAGAAACUGAUCUCGCGGACGGCCAAAGCAGACGACGACGAUGUCGAAACAACGGAGACCGUCAUCACGUCUUCCUCUGUCUGUGGCUCCGAUGGCGCAGACGAUCGUUUUGACGGAGGUCGUGCGGGUGUUACCCGCCGCGCCCUGUCGGGGUACAGCAGAGGCGGCCUGGGAGAACAGAGGGAGGAAUACUCAUACAGGAGGUACCAGAGCCCGUAUGCCACCACGGGACCACAGCACAGCCGCUGGGCCCUGGGCUGGAGGGUGAAUGCCACCAAUCUCGCCGUCUUUCGGAUUAUAUUUGGGGCGUACAUGGCGUGGGACGUGCUCAUGACUGUUCAAAAAGGUGAUAUAGACCAAAAUUUUGGCGCCAGUUUUCCCGAACUCAACUUCAAAUACUUCCUUGCUCGUCGAGUUCCUAAACCAGACCCGGCAAUUGUGUUGUACAUGUUUUGGGGCGUGGCAACAUCGGCAAUUCUCAUAAGCAUUGGAUUAUUUUAUCGCUUAGCGUGUUUUCUAUUUCUGGUGCUCUUCACAUAUCUCAACCUCCUGGAGAAAAGCCGACACAGCAAUAAUUACUACCUCUACACGCUUGUAGCAAUACUCAUGUGUGUAACAGACUGCAAUGCUGUUUUAUCGCUCGAUUCCUACUUUGCCAGUGGGUCGAAUCGGAAAGAAAAGGAGAAACAUAUUCCAAAAUGGCAGCUAAAAGUUUUCCAAUUCCAGAUCGUUAUCUGCUAUUUUUUCGCAGGAGUUGCUAAAAUCAAUUAUGAUUCCGUUGUGCGUGGAGAGCCAGUGAGGUCAAGAUUGAUAAAAGAUGCCAAUGCUCAUUAUAUCUACUCUUUAAUUUUCCCGUCAGAGAUUGUGGACGACGCUAUUGGACAUAGCUUCAGUCUUUCUUGCAUGAUGUUCAAUCUAUCCGUUGGGUUUCUGUUGCUUAACUCAAGAACCCGGCUGGCAGGGAUCCUUCUCACCAUGUUUGUCUUCGUGGCAAACCGUGUCUUUCUAAUUGGGCAUUACCCUUGCCCGGUGAUGAUGGCAGCAAAUAUUCUGUUCCUGGAGCCGGAAGCUCUCACCGAUUUCAUCAAGUCUCUUACAUACAAAUGGAAAGGAUACCAGCAUGUCUACGUCAGUACCACCUACGUCAGUUAUGCGCCAGUGUCAAAGUUGGUGAAAUUGUUCUUAAUUUUGUAUUGUUUAUUGCAAGUAACAGUCCCCCUCCGCCAUCUUGUCUAUCCUGGUGACGUAAGCUGGACAAACGAGGGCCACCAGUUCAGCUGGAGGAGGGUUGUCAAUGAGGAAGACAUGCUGAUGAAUGUUGUCUUGAAACCGAAAGAUGGCUCUAGCGGCCUUCGUUAUGACCCAUAUCAGUUACGUUUAACGGAUCGUCAAGUAAAAAUGAUGUUGACGGACGCUGAACUUAUCCUGCAAUUAGUAGACCACAUCAAGCAGCGUCCUGGUAAAGACACCAAUUUGAAACCCGGUACUUUUGGCGUCCAUAUCGACAUGUGGAGAUCACUUAAUGGCAGACCAUUUCAGAGAUGGAUUGAUCCAGAGACCGACCUCACCAAAGUCGAUCCAGAUGCGUUUCACGCCACCUGGCUCCUCCCAAAGCACUCGGACCACGAGCUGGACUUUCCAGAGCUGCGAGAGUACGUCGAAACGGUUGCUAAGAAGGGAUUUAAUACAGCUUUCUUCAUUGCUAACCCAGGGGAGUUUUUCGAAGCCUACCUGAACCGCGAAGACUGCAGUGUCUACAUAGCCACGGUAUCGGGUAAAAUAGACGUUCUGUUGACGGCAACGGCGGGAAAAGUCAACCUAGAAUUGGAAAAAGAAACCAGAACGCUGGAGCCCGGCAGCAAGAUCACCCUACCAUCUUCUGGUCCACACAGAGUGUCUGCAAAAGGAAAGUCUCCUGCAAUAUGGGCAUACACAUACAAAUGCUCUGUGGGUGCGUUUGAGAGAGCCUUGGGUAUGUUCAGUUAUGCAGGAUGGUUAGAUAUGAAGAAAUAGACAAGACGCGAGCGCAGCAGUGACGAAGAUCUCCGUCUCUAUAACCUAUGUUUAUCAUUUUUUAUAUUUUUUUAUGUGUGCUUUUGUCAUUAUUUUAUGUUUAACAAUCUCUUCACUUGAACGACGUUCAAAGAAUUUUGAUGGAGCAAUGCGAGCACAUUUAUAGCUCAGCUUUUGUAGGGUGUGGACAUGUACACUGCAAACUUGAAAAUUAUAUUUUAAGUCGUGCCAAUGUUGAAAGAACAAUUUUGGUUGUGCUGAUAUAUUAAUCACAGGUAGAAUAAGUGCCUCCGUCUCGAAUUGUAUUUUCCAAGCAGGUUGACUGUAACUGUUGUUAUCUGUAGCAAUUUUAAUGAAAUGUUGUUUUAGAAAGUUACGUACUUGCUUUUGCCGGUAUAUGUUGUAUAACUUGUAGGCGCAUUUGAAUUUUCAAGGCUUUUACUGAGAUAACAAUUCAAGUUUGAAAUAGUAUAGCAUGUUCAUUAAGCUAUCAAAGCCAGGAUGGCAUUUAAUAAAUAUAAUAGUCGAACAAUCAUUUGCCACAUUUAUUGUGAUGUGCUUCAAAGAAGUAAUACCAAUACUUCAACGAUAUGCUUUAUAGACUUUAGUAAAAAUAUCAAACUACCAUAAAAGCCUAUAACUUUUAAAUAGAGCGAGCGUCCAUAAUUGUUUUAUGUCUAUCAGCAGAUGAUGUUUAUAUUUAGAAAUCAAAUAAAUAUGCCUGAUAUAUUAAAAGAAAGGAACACUUGUCUACGUUUGACGAUACAUUAUGGAGACAAUAACACGCGUUGCCAUGUUUUUCAGUAUUUCAAGAUAAUCCAUAUCAGAAUCUCUCUCUUUCUCUC